AUGGAAUCUAUUCCAUUCCCCUCAGACCUAAACGACACAUACCACGCCCCCGAAAUCUCUUUACAAGUCAAAACUCACCAAAUCCUCUCCUCCCACCUCCAAAAACGCUACACAACAGUUUCCAUCCCCUCAACCUACGGCGGCCUAGACAACGGCCCAGCCCCAGGAACAGUCGUCGGUAUCGUCCUAGGCAGCGUAGGCGGCGUAGUCCUAAUCCUCUACCUCACCUUCCUCGCCCUAAACCCCGGCGGUCUUGCGCGCGGAUCAACCUCCUCCAUCGACGAAGAGGUAGUGGUGACCAGUCGACGGGGACCAUCACUACGCCGACAUGGCGAUACGAUCGAGGUAGUCGAGGAAAGAGAUCGGAGGGACAGUUAUCGGCGAAGACCGAGUCCGCGAGACAGGGACCGCAUUGUGGUUGAGGAGUCGUUGACUGGGACCGCGACUUCGGAUGGGAGGGAUGUUGUGGAGGUCUUUGAGGAGGAGUCUUCUCUUUCUGCUUCAACGAGACCGCCUAGGAGGGCUAGUAGGGCGAGGAGUCAUCGCUCGGGUGUGAGGACUAUUGAUCCGCUGGAUUAUGGGGGUGAGAGUGAGUAUGGGAGUCAUUAUUGA